GAGGUUGGGGUCUCGUCCGCUCGCUCGUCUCACCUGCAUUAGUUUGCCUGGCAGAAGAAUGAAGGAGAAACUGUUAUGUCCAUUCAAUAUCAUUAAAUCAGCACCCUUCCCUCUAACUCUAGCAACUAAGUUGUAUUUUUCAUGUAACAUUAGAGUCCAAGCGAAAUUACUUUCCCACUCCUGCCUGAACCUUCAUCACUGCGCCGAGCCAGGUUUCGGGGUCCGGGCUCCAGUUCCGCAGGAGAACUUGGGAGUCUCAGGAUUUGCAUCCCCUGCCUCUCUCUGGGCGUCUUUGUAACGCGGGGUGGUCCCGGGUGGUCGCGCCCGGCUGGCCGCGCCGGGCCUGCCGCUGCGCCAGCCGCUGUGCGUUGGAAAGGGCAGGCGCUAGGACCACGGGACGCGCGGGCAGCACGGCGCUACCUUAAACCCGGCCCAAUGCCGCCCUGCGCCACUCUGCGCGCCGGCCGGGCUGCGCAGGAGGAGCGCUCCGCCCGUCACCAGGCUGGAGCCCGCGCGGCAACACCUGUUCGCGGCCGCAGGGCGCACGCGAUCUGCGGACACCGCUCUCUCGCUCGCCUCUGGCCGACUGCGCUGAACCAAUGGACCUCCGCCGAGCCGCCGCAAGAUUCCGGAUUCCAGCUUUGGACGCCUAAAGUUUUUGUUUUUUGUUUUAUUAUAUUAUUAUUAUUGCCUUUUUUUUGGAGGGGGGAUCGGGAAGGGAGAGUCUUCAGCGCCACCAACGUGAGAUUCCACCCCCCACCCCACCCCCGCCCUGGAAGGAUUCCUGCUGAUGUCUGCAUAGUCGGUUAGAGUAAAAACGGCGCAUGCCUUUCCCGGAGUCAGGACCCGUGGAUUCUGACGUAGCCAGUGCAUCUUAAAAUCCUAUAAUAACGCCUAGGCAUUGAAGUUGCCAUGGCCAUUCCGAUCUGGAACCAAAUGGAGAAACUACGAAAUUCCCCCCGUACGACCGCCGGCUGAGAUGCAGACCUUCCUGCCUUCUAGGAGCCGGGGCUCUGCCCAUAGAGAUGCAUAGAUGUGUUUAUCAGUGUGUCGGCGUGUGAGUAUACAACGCUGGUUUCUUUAGGCUAUUAGUGGUUUGACCUUGAACCUGUACCAGUGAAACGGCAGAUUACUUUUAUUUAUGCAUUUCAUGGAUUGAAGAAAAUAACGUAUUUUUUUUCCCCUCUCUGCAACCGCAGUAAGGGAGGGGAGUUGAAUAUACCUCGCCUAAGAUUUCCCGGGUUGGCACCAUCAUUAUUGUUUAUCCCUGUGCUCCAACAGCCCAGCCUUCUGAUGGCUCCCUUAGGUGAAGUUGGGAACUAUUUCGGUGUGCAGGAUGCAGUACCGUUUGGAAAUGUGCCGGUGUUGCCGGUGGACAGCCCGGUUUUGCUAAGUGACCACCUGGGUCAGUCCGAAGCAGGGGGGCUUCCCCGGGGACCGGCAGUCACGGAUUUGGAUCACUUAAAGGGGAUUCUCAGGCGAAGGCAGCUCUACUGCAGGACUGGAUUUCACUUGGAAAUCUUCCCCAAUGGUACUAUCCAGGGAACCAGGAAAGACCACAGCCGAUUCGGCAUUCUGGAAUUUAUCAGUAUAGCCGUGGGCCUUGUCAGCAUUCGAGGCGUGGACAGUGGACUCUACCUCGGCAUGAAUGAGAAGGGGGAGCUGUACGGAUCAGAAAAACUAACCCAAGAGUGUGUAUUCAGAGAACAGUUUGAAGAAAACUGGUAUAAUACGUACUCUUCGAAUCUCUAUAAACAUGUGGACACUGGAAGGCGAUACUAUGUUGCAUUAAAUAAAGAUGGGACCCCAAGAGAAGGAACGAGGACUAAACGGCACCAGAAAUUCACACAUUUUUUACCAAGACCAGUGGACCCCGACAAAGUACCUGAACUAUAUAAGGAUAUUCUCAGCCAAAGUUGACAAAGACCAUUUCUUCACUUGAGCCCUUAAAAAAGUAACCACUAUAAAGGUUCCGUGCAGUGGGUUCUUAUUGAUUAGCUGUGUCAUCACAUCUGCUCCACUGUUGCCAAACUUUGUCGCAUGUAUACCGUAGGAUGGAGGCUUGGAUGGGGAUGUGCUGAUUUUGUGUUGCACUUACAGGCCUGUCCUCUGGGAGGCCUGCCUGUGCCCACUUGAUUUAUUGUGAGAAGAGACAAGGGUGUAUGUAUAUUAGUGUAUGUAUGUGUGAAUGUGAGUGGAUGAGCAGCAGGAAAUCAAAGACAGGAGCAAAGUAGAAGAUGGUAGCCUGAUGCAUGCUGGGGAAUAGACACACUUUCACAUGUCCAAUCAGUUGUCCUUCAGCUGGUAUCAACACAGCUGCCACACUUUGAAUCAUGGGACCUUGGCUGGUCGCCUGCUUAAGGGUACACUGCAUUUUCAAAGGCAUGGAGGGUGCAUUCUUACUUAAGAGACCUUUUCAGUUAAUUCUCACUGGUGCCAUCCCAGUGAAUUUAAAGCAAAGAUCUCUUAGUAAAAAAAAAAAAAAAAAAAAAAAAAAAGUUAAAUUUAUUUAUAGAAAUUCCAAAGGCAACAUUUUAUUUAUUUUAUAUAUUUAUUUAUUAUAUAGAGUUUAUUUUUAAUGAAAUAUGUACAGGCCAGAUAGGCAUUUUGGAAGCUUAGGCUCUAUAAGCAUUAAAUGAGAAAGUCUGCUAUGAACCUGUGGUGAAUUCAUGCAAGUGGAUAUAACUUUGCAUGGAUAUGAGAAAUUCUGAUGACCCUUAAUGUACUGAAGGUGACAAUCUCUUUUGUGCCCGUAUUAUUGUAAACUUAUGCACAUCAUUCAUGACACUGAGUAUUCACUCUUCAGAAUGCUUGUUUCAUAGCUUAUCCCAGAGGAUUAAAGAUAAACUGGGUCUCAAACUUUUAUUCUGUGUCUGUACUAUUUACUCUCUCAUAAGUGACUGACGCCAUCCUUGUAAUGUCACAGUUGGAAAAUGAGGGUCAGUAUAUAUCCGAUUCGUUAAAAUCUAUUGCAGAAUGUACCAAAGCUAAGCAGUAGCCAUGCUUUUAUAUUAGAUGGUCUCUAGAACAACGGGAUGAACAUCAGACAUUGUACUGAUUUAGAGUUCUCAAAAAGAAAAAAGAAAAAAAAGCUUACAUAGCACAGAUUAUUUUUUAAAGGGACACCUGAACCAGAUUAGUAGGAUCAUUCUUGUAAACGUUUUAUUUGUACAUUUGGUUAUCAAAUAUGAAAUUAUACAAGUACCAUAGAGGUCAUUGUAACAUCUUUCAUGGAAAAUUGAUUUUGGUGUGAACUGUCAUAAUACAUGGUAAUAGAACUUCAAGUAAAACUUGCAAAUGAAACUAUUAAAUCUUUACUAAUAAUUGACAAUGAGGGGGAAGUAUUAUACUUGUUGACUUGUUUUGUUUUUAAAAAGGUCUUCAUAAGCACUCAAUUUUUUUUUAAAGGGAAGGUUACUAUAUAGAAUAUCUUUUACAAGGCUUUUAUAACAUUUUAUGCUGAAAAGCAUAAGAAUACGUAUUUAUUUAGUAGCAAUAACUUUGGAACUUGCCCUUGGGCAAGGGGACUAUUCCUUACUAUAUCUAAGGAGAAAAGAGCCAAAUUUUUAAAGCAAUAUUUAAGAAAAAGGAGUUUAUAACAAAUUCCCAUACCAUAGAGAACAGUUUUUAGUCAGUUAUGUUGGGAAAUUAAAAGUGACAAUUAAAAAAUGUGUUGGGAUUUAUGUAGCUAAUUUUAAAAUUUAAUACUCCAACUUUGUUUUGUUGUGAUACAUAUUCUCUAUUAAAAAUAAAAAAAAAGGUAUGUCACUGGUGAGUUAAAGCUGUUUUGAAGUAGAAGCCCAUGACUUAUAGCCGUGAACAUAUGUGGCCCUUCUAAGGUCCGAGCUGGAGCACACAGAAGAGUCCUCCUGAUGAUAGGCAUUAAGGAAAAACGAAGUCUAACCUUUGGAAUUAAGAAAUAUUUUGGAGAUGGGGGACUGGAGCAAUGUAAGAUAGUUGAUUUAUGAUAAAGGUCAGAACAUUCUCUUCAUUUAGUUUCUUUUUCUUUUUUUCUUUUUUUUUUUUUUUAACUUUCUAAAGAGAAACUGUAUUUAAUCCCAAGAUGUAGUAGUCUUAUUUAUUACUUAACUCUUUGCUGCUGUUAAAAUGUGCACAUAUUCAGGCUUUAGUUUUUCCAAAAGACAUUUAAUAUUUUUACUGAGAAACAUUAAACAUCUAACCACAGGGAUGAAUCAAAUUUGUAGGAUGUUAUAGGUACAAUAUUUAGCACUGAAAAAAAUUGAUUUUAGGUGAUAACCAAAAGUAAUCUUAAAGUAGCAUGAGGUACAAUUAGGCCAAAAUAAAGAAAACAGUUUGUGAAAAAGACUAAAAGCUCCAUGCAUUCCUAGAAAAAUGCUACUUUAAUGUCUACAUUUGGAGUUACUUUGUUUUGGUACCUUUUUUUAAAAAAAAAAAAAAAAAAAAGAGAGAAAAAUUGUUUUUUUUUGUUUUUGUUUUUUUGUUUUUGUUUUUUUGUUUUUGCUUUUGGCAACGGAUACAAUAAACUGUAAUGGUCUGUAAAUAAAUAAAUAUUGACUUAUGCAA